CGGGAUCUACAAAUACGCUUAGUUUGCUACGUCGUGUUUCUGGUAUGUCGAACAGUGCUGAGAAUACGGCAGAGCAGAAGAUGCCUAGUAUUGACUGUGAUCGGCAAAGAUUUCCUUUCUGUGUUGUGUGGACGCCUCUUCCUCUUCUAACAUGGCUGUUUCCUGUCAUUGGUCACAUGGGUAUCUGCACUUCUGCUGGUGUGAUCAGAGACUUUGCAGGACCUUACUAUGUCUCGGAAGAUGAGAUGGCAUUUGGAAAUCCAACAAAAUAUUGGCAACUCACUCCGUAUAAAACAAAAAAGGCAAUUUGGGAUGAUGCAGUUCAUCUGGCAUCAGAGGAAUACUCUCACAGAAUGCACAAUCUGUUUUGUGAUAACUGCCACUCACAUGUAGCAAUGGCUCUUAAUCUAAUGCAAUAUGAUGGCUCUUCAUCUUGGAAUAUGUUCAAACUGACUUUCUUCAUGUUGGUGUACAGUCAGUAUGUUAGUUUCUGGGCAUUCGUAAAGACCUGGUUGCCGUUUGUUCUCAUAGUUACUCUCAUCAUCCUUCUGGUUAUUCUUUUGUAAAGGCAAACAACACUCAACAAUAAUAGCAAUAGAUUACUCUUGCCAGAGAGAGCUUGUCUGG